UAUCAUGAAACAUGGAAAAAUAACAAUUUGGAUUUAAAUAAAGCGAUUUUAAUAAGAAAUUUCAAAAGGCAGCUUGAACUUAUAAAGAAACACGGUACAGAAGAAGAAAAGGAUAAUGCGACACGUCUUGAGAAUCAAUUCAAGGUUAGUAUAGUUCAGGAGCUAUCUGACCAUAGUUCGACAAAUCACAUUCAGUGGCUACCCAUGGAACUGCAUCUUCGCAUGGUUAUGGACCGC